UUCCUUUCUUUCUAUAUUUCUCACUCUCCUACACUUAAAUCCCCUUCUUAAUUUAAUUUUUAAUUCUUAAUUUAUAUCACAUAUAUAACCUAAUUUAAAUUUUAUAUAAUAUAUAUUACAAAAUUCAACAAUAUAUAUCACCUCUCUUUAUUGAAAACUAUUAUAUAUUAUUGAAAAGAAUUAAGAGUAUGUCUCAUAAAGGAGAAAAUGUGAUGGUUUCCAAUAUGAAGCUUGAGAACAUGUUGUGUAUGAGAGGUGGAAACGAUCAAACCAGCUAUGCUAAUAAUUCUCAAGCCCAGGCACAACAUGCAAAAUCAAUGCUGCACCUUCUAAAAGAGGCCCUAGAGAGAGUGCAACUAGGACCACCAAGCAUGCCCUUUGUAGUGGUGGACCUAGGUUGUUCCUGCGGUUCCAACACCAUCUACAUCGUCGACGUUAUCGUCAACCACAUGGCUAAGCGAUACGAGUCCUUGGGAUACGAGCCGCCCGAGUUCUCCGUCUUUUUCUCCGACCUCCCUUCCAAUGACUUCAACACACUUUUCCAACUCCUCCCAAAUUACUACGCCUAUGACGGCCAAGAUGGUGGCACCAUGGAGGAUUGCUUGGCUGCCGACAAGCAUCGGUCUUACUUUGCUGCCGGCGUCCCCGGUACAUUCUACCGGAGACUUUUUCCGGCUAGAUCUAUUGAUGUUUUUCACUCCGCCUUUUCUUUGCACUGGCUAUCUCAGGUUCCAGAGAGUGUAUUGGAUAAGAGGUCAAGGGUAUACAACAAGGGAAAAAUAUUUAUCCAUGGAGCCAAUAAAGGCAUAGCCAAUGCUUAUAAAAAGCAAUUCCAAACAGAUUUGGCUGGAUUCUUAAGGGCAAGGUCAGUAGAAUUGAAGGGAGGUGGGUCCAUGUUUCUUGUUUGCUUAGGAAGAACUUCUGUGGAUCCCACUGAUCAAGGUGGUGCUGGCCUCCUCUUUGGGACACACUUUCAAGAUGCUUGGAAUGAUCUUGUCCAAGAGGGCCUCAUAACAAGUGAUAAACGUGACAACUUCAACAUUCCGGUGUAUGCACCAAGCCUACAAGACUUCAAGGAAGUAGUAGAAGCCAAUGGUUCAUUUGCGAUAAACAAGCUUGAAGUGUUUAGGGGAGGAAGUCCCUUGGUGGUUAGCCAUCCCGAAGAUGAGACUGAGAUCGGUCAAGCCUUCGCCAACAGCUGUCGGAGCGUCUGUGGUGUCCUUGUCGAUGCGCAUAUAGGCAAUCGGCUUAGCGCAGAGCUCUUUCAAAAGGCACAAAGCCGAGCUACAAGCCAUGCAAAAGAGCUCUUAAAACAACUUCAAUUUUACCACAUCGUUGCAUCUCUUUCUAUGCUUUGAUUAUAUAUCAAAUAACUACUAUAGUAGAAUUAUGAGUCGACCUAGGUUUUUUUUAUCCUUUCUUGUUCUUUUUUUCUUUUAAUUUUGUAAUGUUUUAUAAAAAAAUUUAGCCUAGUUUUUUUGGGUAGAGUUUGCUAAAAAGAAAAGAAAAAAAAAAAGUUUAUGUCAACUUUAAUUUCUCAUGCUGCAUGUGUACGAAUAUUUUAAUGAGUUAAGUUAGGCUUAUUGUAUUCGCUUUUAAAAUAAUACUUCCUCCAUCUGUAUGAGAAAGUAUUAUAUGACUUAAUUAUGUAAAAACUUUUGAGUCAUAUAGUGUAAACUUCGAAACACAGAAGUAAUAAUUAGUAAAUAUAGAUUGAGAUCAUAAAAAAUCAGUAGCUAUGAAGAAGAAAAGCAACUAAGUUUAGUUUAACACAAAAUAAAAUAAAAAGAUUAGUCUUUCAAUAUAAUUUCUCUCCAUUUCUAAAAAAAAUCAUGUUUCAACUAGAUAGACAAAUGUUCAAGAUAAUUCUAUCCGACAAAGUUUAACAUAAACAUAUACCAAAAGAAAAAUAUAUAGGAGUAGAAAUAAGUGUUUCUGUUAUAUUAAUUAUUUUCUCCAUUUUAUUAUACUUAUUGCUGAUAAUAACA